UUUCCUUUCUCCGCUCCACUCUCGCUCGGCCUUUUCUUUCCUAGCGGCGACGACAAGGGCGAGCAGCCACCCCCCUGGCCAGGUCUUUGCCGGGCGACCACCGGCCCUUCGUCGGGCGCCGGAGACGAGCAUCCGACAGACGACAGAGGUGUGCCUGCCUAUUCCCUUGCCCUUCCUACGGUGCGAAAUCGAACACCCAAAACCUGAUGUAUGCUACUUAUAUUUGGAUCUGACCAUAGGGAGAUCGAUGGCCGCCUCGUCGGCGUCGUCGGUGCCGCCGGCCUCCACGGGCUCCGUGGUCACCGUGGUCUCGCCGUCCACGGGCGGCGGCUCCAUCUCCGGCAGCUUGGGCGCCGGCGCAGGCUCGCCGUGCGCGGCGUGCAAGUUCCUCCGGCGCAAGUGCCAGCCGGACUGCGUGUUUGCGCCCUAUUUCCCGCCGGAGAAUCCGCAGAAGUUUGUGCACGUGCACCGUGUCUUCGGGGCCAGCAACGUCACCAAAAUCCUAAAUGAGCUCCACCCCUGCCAGCGCGAGGACGCCGUCAACUCGCUCGCCUACGAGGCCGACAUGCGCCUCCGCGAUCCCGUCUACGGCUGCGUCGGCGUCAUCUCCAUCCUCCAGCACCGCCUCCGCCAGGUCCAGCAGGAGCUCGCCCGCGCCAGCUACGAGCUGUCCAAGUACCAGGCGGCGGCUGAAGCGGCGGCGGCGGCGGCGGCCUCUGUGGCCGUGGGAUCCAAUGGCGCCGCGGCGGCAGGGAUGGCGGAUUUCGUCGGCAACCCAGUGCCCAACUGCACGCAGAACUUCAUCAACGUCGGCCAUCCCACGGCGGCGGCGGCGAUCGGCGGGGCUGGGUUCGUGCAGCACGACCAUUUCGCCUCUGUGCAGAUGCUGGCGAGGAGCUACGAUGGAGAAGCUGCGACGGCGAGGCUGGGUAUGAACGGAGGAGGAGGAGGCUACGGCUUCGCGUACUCAUCGGCCAUGGGCGCCGGGCACGGUGUGGUGUCUGGCGUGGGGCAGAUCGGCGGCGGACCGUUCUUGAAGUCCGGCACGGCCGGCGGGGACGAGCAACCCGCAGCCGCGCAGUAGUGGAGCAUCUAAUCUUUGUCAGGUUAUGACUUAUGAAGGAAAGAUCCAGAUGCUUAAUUAACUGCUUGAGGACGUGAAGACUAAAUUAUGUGCGAAGAUAAAAAAGAUUUCGAGCAUCCUUUAUGAGAUGGUAAAAGAAAGAAGUCCUUAUUUCCUAUUAUUUGUUUAAUUUGUUGAUGUCGUUGGCGUAGUCGGUUUGGACAACGCUCCAUAUUAUUUGUGUUUGUGUUGUGUUGUUGCUUUAUUGUCUAUGGACAUCAUAUUCCUGUAUAUGGAGCUUUGACAUUAAUUUACUGAAAAUAAUAUAAAGUUUGAAAUUGAUAAUUAA